AAGCGUUCGAGUGUUUUGUUUGCUGCUGACUUUUAACACUUCCUCAUGAGCACAUCCUUGCGGACCGCCUGCAGGAUUGCCUGCAUGAGCGCCUGCAAGAGUGGGUUGGGUAUCCUUCUCCUCCUCCUCCUCCUCCUCACACCUCCUCCUACACAGGCUCUCUCAACCGCCGACGUUUACCAUGACUUGUUUGCGGAGCCUCAGUACCAGAUCCUUAUUGGAGCACAUUCCGAACAGCUCUUUCCCGCUGAUACACAACAUGCCACUGACGCACAGGCAGAAACGUUGAUUCUACAAGGAAAGGAAUAUGUCUGCUCUCUGCCGCGGACCACUGAGAAGGAAGACAUUCCUCAGGACGCAAGAGAUGUGGGUGCUGUACUGAACGGACUCGGGGGGAAAUGUUUGCACUAUAUGACGGGAUACUGGUCAUACGAAUUCUGUCCACAAAAAUGGGUGCGACAAUAUCACGCAGUAACAGCCCAAGAAGAAUCCGCUCUGACGCCCGCUCAAAGGACUGAAAUUGCAAACCACAAUUAUGUUAUCGGUUUGUUUGAUGGUUCUUCGUCAUCAAGCGAUGUAGAGGUGGUCAAAUAUGAGAGUGGAGGACGCCACAAGGCCUUUCUGAGGAUGCGAUGGAGAGGCGGCACCAUUUGCGAAUUGAGUGGUGUACGUAGGGAGGUUGUAAUUGAGGUGUUUUGCAACCCAGCAACCCCGUAUGAUCAUAUCUCCCAGAUCCAAGAAACGUCCACUUGCAAAUAUCUACUCACCGUCCACACUCCCCGCCUAUGUGCAGAUCCGCUUUUCAAUCCUCACAGCACACAAUCCAUCAUCCACUGCAAUCCUAUUUCAACCCCUCACAUGCUCGAUUCAGGCUUUUCUCACCCAACGACCGUCCGGACUAUUUCACAGAAAAGUCGACCAGCUGUCAAGCAGGAGGUUCCCAAGGAGGAGAACGAGAAGCCUUUGAUCCCAGAUGUGAAGGCAGUGAUAAAACAGUUGGGAGAAGGUUUAUCUAUAACGGACUUGGCUGAAGCCGUCUUGUCGGACUGGGAAGCACCAGCCAAUGGCGAACAGGCUCAGAAGGGGACACUCUCGCAAAAACUCACAGACGCCAUUUAUAAAGCACUUGAAGAAAUGGCACCUCAGCAGCAAGAGCCCGAAGAACAGGUUGACCAAACAGAUCCUGUGCAACGGAUCGCCGAGAAGCUUGAGCGGAUGGUCGGGGAUGCAAGAUUUCGCAACCGUCAAGCUGAGAUGUGGAUUAUGGGGCCUGACGGAGAGUGGGUGAAGAAGCCUGUGGGAAAGAGGGAAAACUAUGCAAAGCAGGACAAGAAGGACAAGAAGAAGAGGCGGAUAGAGAAGGGAGAGAAAGCUGUUUUGUAAAAUCUUUGCUUCAGUUGUAGGGAAAGCCCAUUUUUGUAGUAUAUGUUUGUCAAGCUCAUGCAUUUUUUUUACAUAAAGACUGCCAC